AUGCUCAGUCCCAAACAGACUCUACACAUUCUGGUUUCACAGUCGCACCUGUACAACACACACGGACACAACCGUGUCGUGGCAGACACAGAAGAAGAAGUGAUCGGAGCUCGGUCUGGCUCCAGCGUCUCUCUUCUCUCCGGGGUGUGUCUGGGGCAACAGCGGCAGCUUCUGUGGACGUUCAUAAACUCUCACUCUCGCGUGAUGAUCGCCAAAGUUAUCCCUCCCAUCAUUGUGGAGCUGAACCCGAGCCUAGAGAGCCGGCUCCGUGUGAACGCAGAGACCGGAGACCUGCAUCUGUCCAACCUGACCCUCAACGACACGGGACUGUACCAACAGCUGUGCAUCGAACAAAGCAUCUCGUUCAAGUCCUACCAACUCAUCAUCUACCCUCGGCUCUCGUCGCCCUCAGUCUCGGUGAAGUCUCCUGGAGGAGGCUGCUGUCCGCUCCUGGUCGACUGCUCCACAGAGAACAGCAGAAACCUGAGUCUGUCCUGGUUCAAAGGGGAAGUCCUGCUCCAGACUACAUCCAGUCCAGAGUCCCCCACACUCUCUCUGACCCUGAAGCUGCAGCUCGGUGAAACCAGCGCCUUCGUCUGUGAAGUGCAGAACCCUGUGGAGAAACGCAACGUCACGUUUCAGCCAGAGGAGGCGCUGAAGAGCCGAGGUCAGCAAACGCGCAUCACAGACACAGCACCAGUGCUCAAACUGCUUUACCGCUUACUGGUGGCUCUCUCUGUGCUUCUGCUGAAACAGGCCACAUAA